ACAUAUGUACACAUACACACACACACACACACGGGGAUGGGUGCGAGGGGGCCUUCGGCCCCCCCCUCCCGCACCCACCCCGUCCUCGUUGCGCGUGGAAAGUUGCGAACCCAUCCGGAAUCUUGACAGAUUUCCUAACCUGUUAUACCAGUCAACUUUAACUAUUUUUCUUUCGUUUCGCAGUGAAGAGCGAUAAUUUUCGCAGAGGAAAAAGUUGCUCCUUAUUAAAAAACACGUUAAUUGAGUAUAUUUUUAUCGAGUUCUAAGGCGGAGCCCCUAAACUGGAUAAUUACCUAAGAGAAUGCUCAGCAAUGGAGGAAGAACCUGAAGUGGUGGAACAUUUCUUCGGAGUAUACCUGUUGUAUUGCAUAAAUCCAAAAUACAAAGGAAGAACAUACAUAGGGUAUACCGUAGAUCCAAAACGCAGAAUUAAGCAGCACAAUGCUGGCAAAAAGUAUGGGGGAGCAUGGAAAACUAGUAAUCGAGGACCGUGGGACAUGGUUUUGAUUGUUCAUGGAUUCCCUAAUAGCACCUCUGCGCUUAGAUUUGAAUGGGCCUGGCAGCAUCCACAUGUUAGCAGACGGCUGAAACAUAUCCCCAAGAAGAAGUCAUCGCAGAAGGCAUUUGAAUUUUGUCUGACAGUUCUAUCCGAAAUGUUAAAAGUUGGGCCUUGGUGUUGUUUACCGUUGACAAUACGCUGGCUGGACUAUGAAUUCUCCAAAGACUAUUACGGAUAUAUAUCUCCACCAUUACACAUGCCUAUAUGCUACGGUAAAGUCGCCAGUUGCAAAAUCAAGCGAGCAAAAGAUGCGAAAGUAAGUGUUAUUCAACCGCAAGACUCACAGUCAGCAGUGGAAAAGUUGUGUCCUCUUUGCGGCUCAAUUAUGACAGAGAGAGAUUCCAUCAGUUGCGUGAAGCCAAAGUGCUGUUUAAUCGCUCACUUGAUUUGCUUAGCAAAAGUAUUUUGCCAGAGCGGAAUGAUUUUACCGAUCGACGGUACUUGUCCCGCAUGCAAAACCAAUGUUCUCUGGGGAGACCUCGUUAGAAAGAAAAAUGGCUGUUAUCGAGACCUAUUGCGAGAAACCGACACCGAUACCUCCUGUAGCGACAGCGACGAUACUUAGAUGUAAUUCAGUGGAACCAACAAUAUAUCUGUAUAUUUCUACCUAUAAAUAAUGCACAUAAAUUUUUAUUUUCGUUUCACGAAAUUCUAGUAAUAGGUCAUGCAUGUAUGUAGGAUAUAACAGGGAUUAGAAAUCACUUGUAUCAUUGACACGUUACAUCGUUGUUAUAUCAUAUCAAUGACUGUCAUGGGGGAAUAUUGAGGAAAUGUAAAUGUAAACAAAAGUAAAUAUUUAUCUUCGUAAGCGUUUGAGCGGGACAAAGGAACGGUGCGUGAACGUGUAAGCGAUUUAAUGUCCAUCGUUUAAUUUUAUAUCAUGUACGGUUUAUUGUUUUAUAAGAUCUACACUGCCGAGAUGCGCUUAUUUAUUUUAUCGUAUUGCUAAACUACGGCCUCUAUGGUGUCACGGUACUCAUAGCGUGUUAAUCUGGACGAUGUGUGACACACAAAACGUAAACUGCUACACACAGGCGUGCACGGCGAAUUCUCUUCUUCAAGGACAUUGGUUCACUGUGUAAUUAGCACACGUCGCUCCGUCGAACCGUUAGCGGAAUGCUCGCACGUGAGCUCGAGCGGCGCCAUUCAUGUCAAAAGACUCGAAAUGUGUGAGGAUCAGAACCAAUGUGUCAAACGUCAGUUUCUUUUUCUUUCGGUCACAAGUUCGUCGCGCAACAGUUUCUUCGACGGUGACUGUAACUAUUGUCGCAAUGCACAUCACGCAUCGUUUACACGCGAGCAGAGUAUCGCUUUGAUAUCAUCAUGUGAAAAAUAUCUAAAAUUAAAGUAAAUAAAUAACUUAGUUAUCA